UCAAUGUAGGCUUUUGUGGUCUGCAGUAUUCCACUGCGUAAUUUUUUGGGUUUUUUUCGAGACAUUUUCCCGGUCGAAAGGACCAAUUCGCCUUUCAAGUUGCACUAAAACCCUAAAAAAGAGGCUGGGUCAAGUUUUGUGAUCAUGUUCAUUUUGCGUAGUUGGUUUAGAAAAAUGAGCAGUUCCGAGGAAGUCUCAUGGAUUUCGUGGUUUUGCGGCCUUCGCGGCAACGAGUUCUUUUGCGAGGUGGACGAAGACUAUAUACAGGACAAAUUCAAUUUAACUGGACUUAAUGAACAGGUACCCCACUAUAGGCAGGCGUUAGAUAUGAUAUUAGAUCUAGAACCUGACGAUGAACUAGACGACAAUCCCAAUCAGUCGGAUCUAAUAGAGCAGGCUGCUGAAAUGCUUUAUGGCUUGAUUCAUGCCAGGUAUAUAUUAACAAACCGAGGAAUUGCCCAGAUGAUUGAAAAAUAUCAAGUAGGAGAUUAUGGCUUUUGUCCGAGAGUUUACUGUGAAUCUCAACAUAUGUUACCAUUGGGGCUCUCAGAUGUUCCAGGAGAAGCAAUGGUAAAGUGCUACUGUCCAAAAUGUAUGGAUGUGUAUACACCAAAGUCAUCAAGACACCAUCAUACUGACGGCGCCUAUUUUGGCACCGGCUUCCCACAUAUGCUCUUCAUGGUUCAUCCUGAAUACAGACCAAAACGCCCCACCAACCAAUUUGUUCCUAGGUUGUUUGGCUUCAAAAUACAUCCAUUAGCGUACCAAAUGCAACAGCAAGCAGCUUCGACGUUUAAAAUACCACCUAGAUCACUAAAUUUGAAUAACGGAAAGCGUUAAUACUGAAUGACGAUCUUCGAUCGGAAAAUCUCUGUAAUAUUUAAAAUAAAAGUGUUAGUUUUGAUGGGAUUUCUACAAGUAUUUGUAAUUACGUAUUAGGCUCCACCAUGGAUUCAUGUUUUGAAAAUAUACUCAUUCCGGCGCAGUAAAGGUAAUCAACGUGGUCACUAAGUAUUCUAAAAAUCCUAUUGUGCUAAGAUCGAUUGGAGUCAACGUGACCUAUUAUAUUGUAUAAUUUUCAUAUAUUUAAUGUUUAAUUGUAUCUCAGUUGUACAGGUUACUAUGAAUCACUCAAUCAGUAAAUUGCAAUUUAACUGUGAUUAUCCGAGGGUGGUUUUUCUCAAGCAGUGUACCUUGAAAAUUAUAAUUUAAGUUGUCCAAAA